AUGUUUAGUAAACUUCAAAUUGCGGAAUUACGUUCACCCAAAAAUAUUCAGCCUACUCUAUUAAACCUCAGUGGUGUCGACCAUCAAACUCUUUAUAAUCUGGAUGAACUGAAUACUCACGUUAGCACUCACUCGAAAUUAUGGUCUUUUAUUCUAUUAUUGGAUCUGAACGAUCAAUUUUCAGAUGCGGACAUAGAUUACUUAAAAAGACAUCACCGUGUAUUAGCGAUAUUUAUAUGUGUAAAACCCAAUUCUAACAUAAGAUUCGAUGGUGAUAAUGUGUAUUCUGUUUACAAAGAACUGAUUUCAUAUAGAAUCAAAUUAUGUGCUAUUCGAUUUUUUGAGGAUUGCUCGAAAACAUUUCUGGCAUCAAAUGAAAUCAAUGCUGGGAUGGCUUUAAAAGUCCGGGCAAAUUUUUUAAAGCAACAACGCUUCACAAGCCAACAGAUACAAGCCUGUCAUGUACUAAUUAUUCCAUUGAAUACAACUGAUGGGAAUACACACGACUAUCAACAACGUCUCUUAGAAUCAUGCUAUCGUCUUUGUGGUGAAUACGAGCCGUCAGUUUGUACAAUUCAUGAUUAUUUACCUCCGUAUACAAACAGUGAUUUUUAUAAGAGUGAAGAUGCAGAUAUUCUCUGUAGCUAUGCGAUAGGAAUUUGUCCAAUUCGAAUUUAUCUGAUUGGAAAUGAAAUUUGUAUUCCAGAUUCUAUGUGUGAAUAUAUCUUCGAACAUGAAUUACAUAAUACUAAUCGGUUGCAAGAUCAUGAUACAUAUAGAAUUGUUAAAAACGAGCCUAUCGCUGCAUCCGUUCAAUUGGAUUUAACAAAAAUUCUUAAUAUCAGUCAACAAUUGAUAAACGUCAUCAUACAGAAAUAUCAAGAUAUUGAAAAUGAUAUUGAAUUUGCCACAGCUCUUGAGCAUUCCAAUAGAAAUCUUAGAGGAAGAGAAAAAUCUACUGUUAUGAAACUACAAGAGAGUGUUGCAAGUUCUUCAGAAAGUUCUUUUGAAUUUAGCGCUGCAUUUCGCACAAUUAAACAAGCUCAAGAUGGGACUAAGAAACAUGACGAUGCUGGGGAUAGAGACAUUAAUACUGAAAUUCAAUGUUAG